CCGCGCGUCGCACGCAUUACAACACUACUCAACUGACUCGCGGUGUCGACGCGCGGACGGCCAUUGCGUUCCGUCGAGCGGGCGCGAUUCCAUUUUCAAAUUUUCUUUUUUUUUUCAAUCGAAGUAAAUUUACGCGUGGCAUGAGCGCGUUCCAUUUUUAAAUUUCUAAAGGUGUUUUUCAAAAUGCGUGCAGUGCUUUUCGUGUUUGGGUGUGUGUCGUUAGUGGCGGGACAGGACAUAAACAGUUUGAGGCAUAUGCCGAAGUACGAUAAGAGAUAUGACUAUUUGAGUGUGGACGCUAUUUUGGAAAACAAGAGAUUAGUGAGGAACUACGUGGACUGUUUGAUCAAUGCGAAGCCGUGCACGCCUGAAGGAAAGGCGCUGAAAAAAAUACUCCCAGAAGCGCUUCGAACGAAAUGCGUCCGAUGCACAGAAAACCAGAAGCAAACAGCAGUCAAGGUGAUCAAGCGAGUGAAGGCUGAUUAUCCUGAGGACUGGCAGAAGCUAGCUUCACGAUGGGACCCCACGGGAGACUUCACUAGAUACUUCGAGGAGGUGCUCACUAGGGACCACUUCAACACGAUCCCUAACAGUAACGAGAUCCCUGGAUCAUCACCGCUGCCGACGCCACCACCGCCGCCACCACCAACGCAGACCAGACGACCAUUCUCACCACCACCUCCACCAACACUGCCACCGCUCUCCGUGAUACCAUCUAACACGCAGACGACUUCCACGCCUCCAGGACCGGUCAUAUUGAACCGGCCUUCAACCCCACUGCCUCCGCCGACGCUGCCACCUGCACCAGUACCCUCUAGCUCGCAGCCGCCCAUCUCCACCUCGCCACGGCCCGUCAUACUAAAUAGGUUCGGCGAUGACGGCGAGCUGAUGGUGACUGGUCAGCCAGCGCCGGCGCCGGCGCCGACCACCCGUCCGACCACCGUGCGCCCGGUCUACACUACCAGACCGACGCAAUCGAACUGGGCUGGGGCGGCGUCCGACGUCAUCCCGACGCGCUUCAACCUCCGGCCCACCAAGGACAUCAUGCCAGCCUACACCACAGCCAUCACUCUCAUCGACCAGAUCGGCUACAAGAUCAUCAGGACGACGGAGCUGGUCACCGACAUCUUGAGGAACACGGUCAGGGCGGUCGUAGGACGGUAAAGAGAUCGUUCGACCUGUGACGCGCUGAGA